AUGUUCGAAAGCAUUUCUACACCUCCAUUGCCUGUUGGGCCGACUCCCUCUGACCCUCCUAUUACACAAAUAAUUGACAUCCGUUCGGAUAAGAAAGACGUUGAGCUGCGCGAAGCUCUACAGCAAAGCAUCCAUAGUGACAACGCUGCCCUGCCGGACCUCCUGCUCUGGGACGAACAGGGUCUGCAGUAUUUCGAGGAUGUCACAUACUGCCUUUCCUACUAUCUAACACAGGAGGAAAUUGGCCUCCUUGAAAAACACAGACUCCAGAUUGCCGAUCGCAUCCAGCCAGGAACUAUGCUCGUCGAGUUGGGGAGUGGAAACCUACGCAAGACCAGAAUCCUGCUUGACGCUCUCGAGGAACUUGGCCGCCCCGUCGAUUACUUCGCCCUCGAUGUCUCCUAUCCCGAGCUGCAGCGUACCUUGCGUCCAGUCGCUGAGGGACACUACCGACAUGUGCGGUGUUUCGGGUUACUAGGAACAUAUGAUGACGGGCGGCAGUGGCUGCAGCAUCCAGAUGUCCAGGCACGUCCGAAAACCAUACUGUAUCUUGGAUCGACUCUUGGAAAUUUCCAGAAACCAGACGCGGCGGAGUUCCUGGCCAGUUUCACGCCCGCCAAUUGCUCUUUUCUCCUCGGUUUGGAUGGGUGCAAAGAUCCGCAUCUGGUCUCGCAGGCGUACAAUGACCCAAAUGGGGUAAAUUACCGGUUUGUCAAGAAUGGUUUGGUGCGAGCGAAUAAAAUCCUGGGCUACGAUGCUUUUGACCUUGACAGCUGGGAGGUCUCCGGCAGUUGGGAUGAGGACGAAGGGGCUCAUAGCCAGUACUAUCACCCCGUUGUUGAUGUCUCCCUGGACGGAACGCAUAUUCCUGCAGGACGCAGGCUUCUGGCUGCCCGCAGUCACAAAUAUGAUUCCAAUGAUCAGCAUCAACUGUGCCAGAGAGCCGGCUUAACCGUCGUGGACUCUUGGUCGUCGGACAGUAUGUAUCGUAAGUCUCUCGUCCGCACCUCUGUUCACAAAGCUCGCUAG